AUGGACCUCGUGUCGAGGGCGAUGGGAGUCGACGGAGACGACGAUUCCUUUGGGCCGCAGCUGGGGUCUCACUUUGAUUUCACUCUGCUUUUUGAGCAUGCUGUUCUGACGAUUCUUCCCACGAGCCUUUGCAUCGUCGUGUCUCCGUUCUAUAUUCUGCAUUACUUCAAAUCGCCCAUAUAUGUCUCGAGCAGUCUUCUGUUAUGGGCCAAGCUUGCAGUCCUGGCAGUGCUCCUGGGCGUCGAAAUCGCCAGUCUGAGUCUCUGGAGCUGCUUGCCGGCGUUUCGUUCGGAUGCCUCCCUCGCCGCCUUUUCCCUGGUAUGCGUCAGCACGCUGUGUGUUGUGGCGGCCGUCAGCCUCGAGCACCGACACUCGUUCCGCUCCUCGGCCCUGAUAAGCCUGUAUCUCAGCUUGACGGCGCUGCUCGACGUCGUCAAGGCCCGGUCCUUCUUCCUCCGGCCGCAUCUCCAUGCCGUCGGGGGCCUCUCGGCCGCCGCCGCCGCCGCCAAGCUGGCCCUGGUGCUGCUGCAGGAAUUCUCCAAGAGGACGCACAUCAAGGACCCUGCUCUUCGGAGAUCGCUGAGCAAGGAGGCCACGAGCGGCUUCUGGAACCGGUCCCUGUUUCUGUGGUUAAACUCGACCUUUCUCUUGGGGUUUCGGAGCAUCCUGCGCAUUGAUGAUUUGGGGUCGUUGGGAGACGACUUUUCCGCCGAACAUGUCUCCGCCGAGUUCGAGCCCGUCUGGGCAAAAUAUAAGCACUCGUCCUACGCAUUGGUGAAGUCGGCUCUUGUGACACUGCUCCGUCCGUUUCUCGCAGUCAUUGUUCCGCGACUUCUUUACACUGCCUUCACAUUCAGCCAGCCACUGCUGCUGCGGCGUAUAGUUGGCUUUCUAGGCGAGAGUGACCAGUCAACCAAUGUCAGAAACGGCCUCAUUGGCGCCACGGUUCUCAUCUACUUUGGACUGGCGUCGGGCUGGGCAUUUACCUCAUCACAACAAUCGUUGGAAAGGCAUCCUUUCUCAUUGUGUUCCCCGGAAUUGGUAAGCCAUGAAUUGACUCCAGCUUUGCCUGGGCUGGUGCCCCCUUCACCCGCCUCGAUUAACAGCCGUCUAGCUUCGACAAUCGCCACGUACGAGAUUGGCAGGCGCAUGGCUCCUGCACGCAUCGCCUGGAAUAAGGAAGUCCAGAAUCGCGUCUCAGUCACCUCAAGCAUGCUUCAGCAAAUCAAAAACAUCAAGAUGAUCGGCCUUGGACCAGUCGUGGCCGACCUAGUCCAAGGACUUCGAGAGACGGAGAUGCAAUGCUCCAAAAGAUUUCGAGUUUUAGAAGUAAUCAUGAGCGCCUCGGUCAUGCUAUGCUACCAGAUUACGCCAACCAUCGUCAUGACUGCUGCUAUUCUCUGGACGACCUUUUCCAGCGGCCUAAAGGCCUCGGAGACCUUCACAGCUCUAGCCAUUGUUGUGAUUACAUCACUGUCCAUGGCGCGUGCCAUGCUGUGCUACCCAAUCUUCGUCUCGACGUUGGGGUGCUUCCAGCGCAUCCAAACCUACCUCCUGCUCGAAGAACGGCAAGACCGCCGCCGGAACAUGAACGACAUUGUGCUCUCCAACGGCUACCCAUCCGAAAAGCACGCUUCAUAUCAUUCCGUUUCGCCCAUGGACAAAUCUCCGCUGGAGCUGCAGGCACCGCAAACAUGUAUAUCCGUCAUGUUCGUCAACGCGUCAAUGGCAGCUGUGGCAGGCAAAGAGCCGCUCCUGAAGAGCGUCAACGUAUCCGUCUCGCGCUCGAAGCUUGCAGUGGUCCUUGGACGCACUGGCUGCGGCAAAUCCACGUUUCUAAGGGCAAUCAUCGGCGAAGCAUACCUCACGGAUGGCCAUGUGUAUGUCGAGAGGCACCAAAUCGCGUACUGCGACCAGACGCCUUGGUUGAAAAAUACUCCCAUCCGGGCAAACAUCACCGGAGACCACGCGUACGAUAAAGACUGGUACAAAACCGUGGUCGAUGCGUGUCUCCUUGGCGACGAUAUCCAGCAGUUCCCCAACGGCGAUCAAACUCUGUCGGGAGACAAUGGGUCCAACUUGAGUGGUGGGCAGAAGCAGAGAAUUGCCCUUGCGCGGGCUGUCUACUCGCAAGCUUCUCUCCUCGUCUUGGACAACGUAUUAAGCGCCCUAGAUCGCGGCACCGCCGAUGCGAUAUUCUCCCGGCUCUUCGCCUCUGGCGGCCUGUUGAGGCGGCUUGGCAGCACGGUUGUAAUGACGAUUCACUCAGCCGAAUACAUCAACUCUGCUGAUCAAACGCUGGUCAUUGGCGAUGGGGGCUCGAUAAAGUCUGUCGCCGGGUUGGGAGAUGUCGGGCAAUGCCAGGAAGACGUGACGGAGUGGUUGUCGCCCAGCGCCGGCGAAGAGACUGAGGAGAAAGACGAGGCCACAGACGAGGCCCAAGACGCUUGCAAAGAAAGCGGCACAGCUGCGAACAACGAGUUGUUGAUACGUCGACAAGGCGAUUUCGGCCUCUACUCGUUCUAUCUCAAGUCAACGGCGAAAUGGCUUUGGGCAAUAUGGUUAGUGACGGUGAUUUUUGUUGCCGUCGCAGAGCGAUUGCCCGAAAUCUUUCUUCGAAUCUGGCUGGACGUUGCGCCGGAUAACAAGGUCUAUCUUGUUGGAUACAUUCUCUUUGGAUUUUCGAGUUUUACAGCCGCUGGCAUAACGCUGAGCUUAUACUAUCUCAAAAUCGUCCCGAACAGCUCCGAAAAUUUACAUCGUGUUCUUUUGGACAAAGUCAUGGGAUCUACAUUAUCAUUUCUAUCAUCUACAAGCAACGGAUCGCUUCUCAACUUAUUCAGCCAAGAUAUGAGUCUUAUCAGCCAAGAUUUACCGCUGGCAUUUUUUCGCCUCUUGUAUUCCUUUUUCCUGUUAAUCACAGACAUUGGCAUUAUUGCCGCCGGCGCCACGUACAUUUCAGUCAUAAUACCCUUCAUCCUCAUCUGUGUCUACAUCAUUCAGUACUUCUACCUCCGAACAUCACGGCAGAUGCGAUAUAUCGACCUGGAGGCAAAAGCGCCUCUUUAUACCCAAUUUUCCGAAAUAAGCGCUGGCUUAAUGCAUAUCCGAAGCUUCGGGUGGGACAGCCAGUGCCUAUCUCGCAGCCGACAGUUGCUGGACGACUCACAAAAGCCAUUCUACUACAUGUUUUGCAUCCAGCGGUGGCUCGGCCUCGUGUCCGAACUGUGUGUUCUCGGCGUGGCCACGAUUCUCGUGUCGGUCGCAUUGUGCUUCAGGGGCACGACUUCACAAAACGCCAUGGGGCUCUCUAUGCUAACCCUCAUCCAAUUCGGCGACUCCAUCUUGACUCUCCUCAACACGUGGAUCGACACCGAGACGUCUCUCGGCGCCAUUGCACGCAUAAAGUCGUUUGCCGAGACCACGCCAGGCGAGGAAGACGUCAACAGCGGCGGCGCAGAGCUGCCCGCUGGCUACCUGAAACAAGGAGCCAUCAAGAUGGUUGGCGUGACAGCUACAUACAAACGCGUCGUCGCCAGCUCUCGACAAUGUGUCGCUGGACAUCAAGCCCGGGCAAAAGGUCGCAGUUGUCGGGCGAACCGGGAGAGGAAACUGACAGCCAGAUUUAGCGGCAAGAGCUCCCUUCUUUUAACCAUGCUACACUUCCUCAACUACACGGGAGUAAUAGAAAUUGACGGCGUGGACAUGUCCCGGAUUCCACGACAGCAUCUCAGAUCCCUCAUCACGACCAUUCCCCAAGACAUGGUGGAACUUCCGGGAACGCUGCGCGACAACGUCCUCCCCAUAGCCCGAACGAGGCCAGCCAGCCACAUCCGCGAUGCAGAAAUCGGCGAGGUCCUAGACAGGGUAAGGCUAAAAGAGUACGUAGAUUCCCACGGCGGGCUCGACACGCCGUUCGCAGACAUGGGGUUCUCCCAUGGCCAGAAGCAGCUGCUCGCCAUUGCACGGGCAAUCCUGCACAAGCUGGAGGUCGACAGCAGGAUCCUGCUCGUCGACGAAGCCACAAGCGCCAUGGACGUUGAUACGGCCAAAGUUAUGAAGCAAGUGAUAGACGACGUCUUCGGCGAUUGUACCGUCAUUGCUAUUUCACAUCAGCCAAUAGACAUAGGCAGCGCAGACCUUGUCCUACACGUAGAGGAUGGCAAGGUCACUUGA